AUGCUGGAGGUGCUGGAGAUGACGCCGCCGCCGCAGCAGCAGCCCCGGCGCCAGCCCAGAGGGGGCGGCGGCGGCGGUGGGAGGAAGCAGCCGCUGCAGAGCAGCGUCGCGCAGCCCAAGGCGGAGCCGCCGCACCCGCCGCCGCCAGAGGGAGCCAAGAGGUGCGGCGGGAAGCGGCGCGGCGGCCGCGGGCGCGCCAGGCCCGCGGAGGAGCCGCGGCCCGUGGCGGCGGUGGCGGCGGCGGCGGCCACGCGCGCCGUCAUUGGCCCGCCCGUGCCCGGCAAGGGGCUGUCCUUCUGCCGGCGGCCGGGGUUCGGGACCGUGGGCGCGCGCUGCGUCGUCAAGGCCAACCACUUCCUCGCCGAGAUUCCCGACAAGGACCUCACCCAGUACGACGUCAAGAUCACGCCGGAGGUGACCUCCCGGUGCGUGAACCGGGCAAUCAUCGCCGAGCUGGUGCGCCUCUACCGGGAGUCCGACCUCGGAAUGCGCCUCCCGGCCUACGACGGCCGCAAGAGCCUCUACACCGCGGGCGCCCUCCCGUUCGACGCGCGCGAGUUCGUCGUCCGCCUCACCGACCACGACAGCGGCACCGGCGUGCCCCCACGCGAGAGGGAGUACAGGGUCGCCAUCAAGUUCGCCGCGCGCGCCGACCUCCACCACCUCCGGCAGUUCAUCGCCGGCCGGCAGGCCGACGCGCCGCAGGAGGCCGUCCAGGUCCUCGACAUCGUCCUCCGGGAGCUCGCCAGCCAGAGGCACGUGGCGAUAGGGCGGUCGUUCUACUCGCCGGACAUAAGGAAGCCGCAGCGGCUCGGCGACGGCCUGCAGUCGUGGUGCGGCUUCUACCAGAGCCUCCGGCCGACACAGAUGGGCCUGUCGCUCAACAUCGAUAUGUCGUCCACCGCGUUCAUCGAGGCGCUGCCGGUGAUCGACUUCGUGGCCCAGAUACUAGGGAAGGAUGUCAUGUCAAGGCCAUUGUCGGAUGCAAACAGAAUUAAGAUCAAGAAAGCGUUGCGGGGCGUCAAAGUCGAGGUUACUCACCGGGAAAAUGUGAGGCGGAAGUACCGCAUUUCGGGGGUGACUGCACAGCCAACUCAUGAACUCAUUUUCCCAAUUGACGAUCAAAUGAAUAUGAAGUCCGUCGUGGAGUAUUUCAAGGAAAUGUAUGGGUUUACCAUUCAGCAAUCACAUCUUCCUUGCCUUAUGGUUGGAAACCAAAAGAAGGCAAACUAUCUACCAAUGGAGGCCUGCAAGAUUGUUGAGGGUCAGAGAUACACAAAGAGGUUGAAUGAAAAGCAGAUCACAUCACUGCUAAAGGUUACAUGCCAAAGGCCUAGAGAAAAGGAAAUGGAUAUUCUACAGACAGUUCAUCAAAACGGAUAUGACCAAGAUCCUUACGCAAAGGAAUUUGGGAUCAACAUAAGUGAGAAGCUAACAUCCGUUGAAGCGCGGGUCCUUCCUGCACCUUGGCUGAAAUAUCAUGAUGCUGGAAAGGAAAAGGAGUGCCUGCCACAGGUUGGUCAAUGGAACAUGGUGAACAAGAAAGUGAUCAAUGGGGGCAAGGUAAGUCACUGGGCUUGUAUAAACUUCUCAAGGAGUGUUCAAGAAACCACUGCACGCGGAUUCUGCCAAGAGUUGGCACAAAUGUGUCAAAUUUCGGGCAUGGAAUUCAACAGUGAACCUGUGCUUCCAAUAUAUUCAGCUAGACCAGAUCAAGUAGCGAAGGCACUAAAGCAUGUGUAUAAUGUUGCACUACACAAACUCAAGGGUAAAGAACUUGAACUUCUUUUGGCCAUCCUCCCAGACAAUAAUGGAGCUUUAUAUGGUGACAUCAAGCGUAUCUGCGAAACCGAUUUGGGCUUGAUAUCACAAUGUUGCUUAACGAAACAUGUUUUUAAGAUCAGCAAGCAAUAUUUGGCAAAUGUCUCACUAAAAAUCAAUGUUAAGAUGGGAGGAAGAAACACCGUGCUCGUGGAUGCGCUAAGUUGGAGGAUUCCGUUGGUCAGUGACAUACCAACUAUUAUAUUUGGUGCAGAUGUAACACAUCCUGAAACUGGGGAGGACUCUAGUCCAUCCAUUGCUGCAGUUGUGGCUUCUCAAGACUGGCCGGAAGUUACAAAAUAUGCUGGAUUGGUGUGUGCGCAGGCACACCGACAAGAGCUCAUUCAGGACCUUUACAAAACAUGGCAUGAUCCUCAGAGAGGCACCGUAACAGGAGGCAUGGUCAGGGAACUCUUAAUAUCAUUCAGGAAGGCCACGGGACAGAAACCAUUGAGGAUAAUUUUCUAUCGGGAUGGCGUUAGUGAAGGCCAAUUCUACCAAGUUCUCCUUUAUGAGUUGGAUGCUAUCCGUAAGGCUUGUGCGUCCCUAGAACCAAAUUACCAACCUCCUGUAACGUUUGUGGUGGUUCAAAAGCGUCACCAUACAAGACUGUUUGCAAACAAUCACAAAGACAGAAGUAGCAUGGACAAAAGUGGAAAUAUUUUACCUGGAACUGUUGUUGAUUCGAAGAUAUGCCACCCAACGGAGUUUGAUUUCUACCUCUGUAGUCACGCUGGAAUCCAGGGAACAAGUAGGCCAGCUCACUACCAUGUCCUCUGGGAUGAGAACAACUUCUCGGCAGACGAAAUGCAGACGUUGACAAACAACCUUUGCUACACUUACGCACGGUGCACGCGCUCCGUUUCCGUCGUCCCACCUGCGUAUUACGCGCAUCUGGCUGCGUUCCGGGCGCGGUUCUACAUGGAGCCGGAGCUGUCGGAGAACCACACGUCGAAGAGCUCCAGUGGGACGAAUGGUACCUCGGUGAAGCCUUUGCCCGCUGUGAAAGAGAAGGUGAAGAGGGUGAUGUUCUACUGUUGA